AUGUUUGAAGGCAUUAUUUCUGAUCCCAUUAAAAUUUGGAAUGAUGUUUGGAGGAAUUUCUCAGAGUUCCUGCAUGUUCAGGAGAAUGCUCGGUCCCAUUCAACCCCUCAAACAUUGGCCUCUUCUUGGAACCCACCCCCACAUGGUUUCAUUAAAAUAAAUGUUGAUGUUUCAUUUGAUCAACGUAGCAAAACUGCGAGUCUCGCUGCAAUUGCCCGAGGCAGUGAUGGUUCUUUCAUUACAGGUGCAAAUGCCUUGAACUUUGCGGGAUCUCCGCUCGUCGCUGAGGCUCUUGCUGUUCGGUUAGGAUCAAUGUUGGCAAAUACUCAACAAUGGCGAAACACAAUCCUCGAAUCCGACAACCAAACUAUGAUCAAGUGUUUAAAAGGAUAUUGUAAACCUCUGUGGGAAUAUGUUGUUGUUCAUGAUGAUAUUUCGCUUUUGAUAACAUGA